UAUGCUUUGGGAUUUCACUAGAAAAUAGAAAAUGGCUUCGAUUUGUUCAGAUUCAUAAAAAGCAUUGUAUAGUCAUUGCGUUUAUGUCUUGUAAUGAGUGAAUUCCUCUGAAACUAAAGCUCUGAACCUCUUCAUUGUGCCUUUUUAUUGGUUAUUUUACGCAUUAGGUGUAUUAUUAGUUUAUUAUUCAUUUAUUUAUUCUGCAAACCUCUCAAUUUUAAACUGUAGGCCCAUUCUAGAGCCGCUUCCUCACUUUAUCUAACGUUUUCUUCUGUACCUUUCUAUUUCUCCUCCAUUAAAGGAUCGGGUCAAUCCUCCACAUUUUACAGUGAAGAAACGGUGGCAUCGAUAGCGUUCGGUAAAUCCUCGAAUCGUCACCGUUGAAUCACUCGGAAGCUGGGUUAAAAGAAGGCCGCUCCUUAAAUCCAGACCGUUGAACCCUGCUUCGCCUUUCCACCAUUGGGAAAUACACCUCCGAUCCUCUCUCCUUUUGAGCUUUAAACCAGAUUUGCUUAGUUGUUUAAUCCAAACUUUUUAAUCUUUUAUCAUUUCAGUUUCUCUUUCCGGUGGAUUUUACAGUUCAAAAACGUGUAUUUUGACGUCAAAAUUUCCACAUAGACGCGUCUCAGAGCCCCAUUUAUUGACAGUUUCACACACACACACUCUCUACUUUCUGUUUUCACUCUCUCUCUAGUUUCUCUCUCUAUAGUAAUGGGAGGGCCCCGCCCUUGUAUUUCAACCGUGCAAAGCUGGCCUUUACAAGCGGCUUUGGACGUAUGUUAGGGCUUUGAGGGUCUUAAAGGCAGGGCUCUUAUUCCUGUUGUUUCCAUGAAUUAGACGUCUUGCCUUUGUUUCCAAACCCUUUUAUCCACACGUCUUUAAAGGGCUGAUUUGUGUCAUUGGAUCCCAAAAACCUCACUUCUUUCUUAAAUGUUCCAUCUUCUUCCCCCAUUAUUCUUCCCCUUCUGGAUGGCCUGGAUAAUGGCGAUGCACUGAUAAAAAGGAGAGGAAAGAAGAACGGAAAAAUACAGGGUUUUAGAAAGAGAAAGUUAGAGAGGGCAAUUUUCACAUAUCGGCCAUUCAGGGUGGAAGAGAGAUCACCGCAAAGAAAGGCGGGGGAUAGAGGGAAAUUUCUCACAUUGGUCAUUCUCUGUGGAAGAAAGAUCACCCCAUAAAUAGAGAGAGGUUAAAUCUCUGUGAUUGAACCCACUUGCUACAUUGCUGGAGUCCAUGGCACCAGCAUUUGACAUGGGAGAUUGGUGGACAAAGGAGAGCCAUAGGGGAACCCCUGUGGUAGUGAAGAUGCAGAAUCCAAACUGGUCUAUGCUCGAGCUCGAGAGCCCUGAAGACCAUUUUCAUGGAGGUGACAAAGGAAGAGGCAAAAAUGCGAAGCAACUCACUUGGGUUCUUCUCCUCAAAGCCCACAAAGCAGCAGGUUGCUUAACCUCCAUAGCCAGUGGAACCUGCAACCUCCUAGCCGCCAUUAAAAGGCGCUUGGCCUCUGGCCGAACUGAUUCAGAGCCCAUUAGGAAUGAGUUAGAGAGGGAAACCCAAAACCCGGAUGAGAACAAAGGUGGCAGAAGCCGGUUCUAUUCUUGCAUCAAAUUUUUCCUUUUCACAGCCAUUCUGAUGCUGGGUUUUGAGCUUGUGGCCUAUGCAAAGGGAUGGCAUUUCAAUCCAUCAAGUCUUCAUCUCCCUCAAUCUCUUGAUGUUCAGAGCCUCCUCCAUUCUGUUUAUUCUUCUUGGGUUUUCUUUAGAGUGGAAUAUAUAGCUCCACCACUUCAGCUCCUCGCUGAUAUAUGUAUCGUGCUGUUCUUGAUCCAAUCAGUUGAUAGGCUGAUUUUAUGCUUAGGUUGUUUCUGGAUCAGGUUUAAGAAGAUCAAACCCAUUCCUUUGCAAGAGCUUGGGCCUGAAUCAAUUGAUCUGGAAGGGGGGGACUCUGCAAAUUUCCCCAUGGUUCUUGUCCAGAUCCCAAUGUGCAACGAAAAAGAGGUAUAUCAACAAUCAAUAUCAGCUGUUUGUAAUAUGGAUUGGCCUAAAGCUCGAAUGCUCGUUCAAGUCCUCGAUGAUUCAGAUGAUGUUACAACCCAAGUACUUAUUAAGGAAGAAGUAGAAAAAUGGCAGCAAAAUGGGGUCCGAAUCCUUUACAGACACAGGGUCAUAAGAGAUGGCUACAAGGCAGGGAACCUCAAGUCAGCUAUGAAUUGUAGUUAUGUUAAGGAUUACGAAUUUGUGGCCAUUUUUGAUGCUGAUUUCCAACCAGCACCUGAUUUUUUAAAGAAGACAGUCCCCCAUUUUUGGGGUAGGGAUGAUGUGGGUCUGGUUCAGGCAAGGUGGUCUUUUGUGAACAAAGAUGAGAACUUGUUAACAAGGUUACAGAACAUAAAUUUGUCAUUUCACUUUGAAGUGGAGCAACAGGUUAAUGGGGUUUUCAUCAAUUUCUUUGGCUUCAAUGGGACGUCUGGUGUAUGGAGGAUUAAGGCACUGGAGGAAUCAGGAGGGUGGCUUGAGAGAACAACCGUUGAGGAUAUGGAUAUAGCAGUCAGAGCUCACCUCCAUGGCUGGAAAUUCAUCUUCCUCAAUGAUGUAGAGUGUCAAUGUGAGCUCCCUGAAUCAUAUGAAGCUUAUAGAAAGCAGCAGCAUCGAUGGCAUUCAGGCCCCAUGCAAUUAUUUCGGCUAUGUCUUCCUGAUAUCAUUCGAUCGAAGAUCUCGGUUUCAAAGAAGGCAAACUUGAUCUUCCUUUUCUUCCUUUUAAGAAAGCUCAUCCUCCCCUUCUACUCCUUCACUCUCUUCUGUAUCAUUCUCCCCAUGACCAUGUUCGUACCUGAAGCUGGGCUCCCGGCUUGGGUCGUUUGCUAUAUUCCUGCAGCUAUGUCCUUCCUCAACAUUCUCCCUGCUCCAAAAUCCUUCCCCUUUAUAGUCCCUUAUCUUCUUUUUGAAAACACCAUGUCAGUUACAAAGUUCAAUGCCAUGGUCUCUGGUCUCUUUCAACUUGGAAGUGCAUAUGAAUGGGUAGUUACAAAGAAAUCAGGUAGAUCCUCAGAGGGUGACCUGCUCUCUCUAAUUGAUAAGGACCCAGCCCCUGUUUCUGAUGCAAAGAAAGAGAAAGAGAGGACGGGUCAUGCUCGUGGGCUAUCAGAGUCCAACCUCGAGGCCAUGGGAAAGGCUGAUGCAAAGAGAGAGAAAGAGAAGAAGAAGAAACAUAAUAGGAUUUACAGGAAGGAGCUGGCACUUGCUUUCUUGCUUUUAACCGCCUCUGCAAGAAGCUUGCUAUCAGCACAGGGGAUGCAUUUCUACUUUUUACUGUUUCAGGGGGUCUCAUUCUUGGUUGUGGGGUUGGAUUUGAUUGGUGAGCAGGUAGAGUGAGAUUGGGUUAGAAAGAGAAGGAAGAUGAAACAUAUGGGCCUUUAAUGAAGAAAUUAUAAGGGCGUGAAGAUACAGAGAGAAGACAGACUCAUUUCUCAUCUCUUCUAGUUCUUUCAUUUCCCCAUGUCACCUCCCCAAAUGAGGUACUUGUUUACUUGUGUACCUCUCUCUCUCUGAAGCCUGGGGGGAGAAAAUGCCAUGCAGAUUGAUAUUUGCUGCUCGAGAGGAAGAAGCUUUAGGAUCUGUAAGAUGGUUUUUUAAUGAUUCUUUUGGGGGUGUUCUAUUCUUUUUGUAAGAAAAUUUUGUUUCUUUUUUUUUUUCUUCCUCAUUCUGGAGAGGAGAUUUGUAGAGCUUCACAGCUUUAUUCUGUCAUAUGUUGGGUGUUAUAUGUGAAAUCAAAUCAGAGAAGGUAUAAUUUGAAUUUGAUGAUAUAAAAUCAUGGGAAUUCCCCA